UGGACUACAACUCCCAGGAGCCCCCCGCGGCGGCCUGAGGUGGCGGGCGGCGACAUGGACGACGAGGAGGAGACGUAUCGGCUGUGGAAGAUCCGUAAAACCAUCAUGCAGCUCUGUCACGAUCGGGGCUACCUGGUGACACAGGAUGAGCUGGACCAGACGCUGGAGGAGUUCAAGGCGCAGUUCGGUGAUAAACCUAGCGAAGGGAGACCCCGCCGCACCGACCUGACGGUGCUGGUGGCUCACAACGAUGACCCCACCGACCAGAUGUUCGUCUUCUUCCCCGAGGAGCCCAAGGUGGGAAUUAAGACGAUCAAGAUGUACUGCCAGAGGAUGCAGGAGGAGAACAUCACCCGAGCCCUGAUUGUGGUGCAGCAAGGAAUGACCCCAUCGGCCAAGCAGUCCCUGGUGGAUAUGGCUCCCAAAUACAUCCUGGAGCAGUUCCUGCAGCAAGAACUGCUGAUCAACAUCACAGAACACGAGUUGGUCCCAGAGCACGUUGUCAUGACAAAGGAGGAGGUGACAGAGCUGCUGGCCAGAUAUAAGCUGAGGGAGAACCAGCUGCCCCGGAUCCAGGCCGGGGAUCCCGUGGCCCGGUACUUCGGGAUCAAGCGUGGUCAGGUGGUGAAGAUCAUCAGACCCAGCGAGACCGCGGGCCGGUACAUCACCUACAGACUGGUGCAGUGAGCAGAGCCCUGGGGGUGCUCUGAGCCCUCUGCAUCCUCACCCCUGCCCAAGGACGUUCCCUCAGUUCUGGAGCUUGGCCCAAUUCCCUGGCUCCAGCCCAGGUUCUGCUGCAGCUCCGGCCUCAGGACCCGCAGGGGUUCAGCAGCACCCGGGCACUGCAGGGAGGAGCAGGGAGCACGAGGCCUUUGCUUCCCUGUUUUAUUUUUAUAGGAGUUUGUCUUCAAUAAAGGUUUGUGCUCAGAGUUC